GUUUGUCUCUUCGGUUCGAUCAAGUCGUUCUCCGAUUCACGAGUUGUAUUGUUUGUUUUUGUUUAUACGAGUACAUUACACACAUGCGAAGAUUUACGCUUUUUUAAAAUAUAUAUCAACUAUUUCUUAUCUUGAAGAUUUGAACUUUUCACGCGAUUAAAUUUUAUUAUCGAUUUGCAAAAAAUUUAAGGACAGCCCUAUACCUCCAACUUACUUUCUCUCAUAUACCUACUUGCUCGCUCGCGUGUGUUUCAUGUGGUUAACACGUUAUAAUUAUAUACCUAAUAUCAGUGUUUGAAAACUGUUCCAAACGAGAUUUUUCCAUUUUACUCGAAGUGUUUUCUUUUUGGAGAGGAACUAAUUUAAUGAAAUACGAAUUUUAAAAAAUUUGAAUUGCAAUUUGAUUGCAAAGCAAAAUGUGUCAGAAAGAAGUCAAGGAUCCGGUUAUCGAUGUCAGCGCUAAACGAAAAUUAGAAAUAAAUGGACCGUUGAUAGUGGUUUCAAAUAGGUUACCUUUCGUAUUGCACCGACAACCUGAUGCCAGUUUAAUAAGAAAGGCGAGCGCCGGAGGUUUAGUUACAGCUGUAGCGCCUGUAGUGGUAGAAUGUCGAGGCCUUUGGAUUGGUUGGUCUGGAAUGUACGAUCUUGAUCCUAACGCCCCGAUUCCUGAAGCUGAUCCUGCAGAUAAAGCGCCAACCGCUGGUUUAUUAUCGAGUCAGAUUAUACCGGUUCAUAUUGAUCGAAAAGAAUUCGAAGAUUACUACAAUGGUUGUUGCAAUGGUACUUUAUGGCCCUUAUUUCAUUCUAUGCCAGACAGAGCUGUAUUUCAAGCCGAUGCAUGGCAGGCGUAUUGCGCUGUCAAUUCUAAAUUUGCCGAAUGUACUCUCCAAGCUUUGAGAAAAAUAAUUGCAGAUUUAGACAGCGAAGGAAAAACUAAUGUAACUCCGAUCGUUUGGAUUCACGAUUACCAACUUCUGGUAGCAGCUACACAUAUUCGACACAAAUGUGAAGAGGAAAACUUACGUUGUAAAUUGGGAUUUUUCCUUCAUAUUCCGUUCCCAGCGUGGGAUUUGAUGAGAUUAUUCCCCUGGGAUGAUCAGAUUCUUCAAGGAAUGCUAUCGUAUGACUUCGUUGGAUUUCAUAUCGAAGAUUAUUGUUUGAAUUUUAUCGAUUGUUGCUGUCGGCGUUUGGGUUGCCGGGUUGAUCGAAAUAGCAUGCUUGUCGAAUUGACUGGAAGAACCGUACAUGUAAAAGCUUUACCAAUUGGAAUACCAUUCGAAAGAUUCGUACAGUUGGCUGAAGAUGCUGCAGAUUUUUUGCAAGAUACCAAUAAAGUCAAAGUUAUUUUAGGCAUUGAUCGACUGGAUUACACUAAAGGUCUCGUACAUCGAGUAAAAGCUUUCGAAAGAUUACUAGAAAAACACCCCGAAUAUUUGGAGAAAGUCAGCCUAUUACAAAUCUCCGUUCCUUCGAGAACCGACGUUCAAGAAUACAAACAGUUGAAAGAUGAAAUGGAUCAGUUAAUUGGACGCAUAAAUGGCAGAUUUUCGCAACCAAAUUGGUCACCUAUUCGGUACAUUUACGGUUGCGUUGGUCAAGAACAACUAGCUUCUUUAUAUCGAGAUUCGGCCGUCGCUCUGGUCACUCCUCUCAGAGACGGAAUGAAUUUGGUAGCCAAAGAAUACGUCGCGUGUCAAAUUCGAGAACCCGGCGUGCUGAUUUUAUCGCCUUUUGCCGGAGCUGGUGGAAUGAUGCACGAGGCAUUGCUGGUAAAUCCCUACGAACUGGACGGAACUGCGAAUACGAUUCAUCGAGCUUUAACUAUGCCUUUGGACGAACGAGAGUUACGAAUGACUCAAUUAAGGAAUCGCGAACAGUGCUUAGACGUUAAUUAUUGGAUGACUUCGUUUUUAUCGGCGAUGGGUGCGUUGAAAACGGAAGACGGAGAAAACGACCCACUGGCUAAUAAACAGUUACAAUUGAAACUGGAAGAUUUCGAUUUAUAUUUAAGUAAUCAUAUCGAAGGCGCUGUAAAAUUAAGUCUGAUUCUCGACUACGAUGGUACAUUGUCACACUUGACCAGUCACCCGGACUUGGCUCAGUUAUCCGAAGAAACACGACGUAUCUUGGAAAGACUAGCGAAUAUGAGCGAUAUAAACGUCGCCAUCAUAUCGGGACGAAGUUUGAAGAAUUUAAUGAAAAUGGUCAACAUCAAGAAAAUCACGUACGCCGGAAGCCACGGUCUCGAAAUCCUGCACCCCGACGGUACGAAAUUCGUUCACCCUAUUCCUAGACAGUUUGACGAAAAACUAACCGAAUUGAUGCGACGUUUACAAGACGAGGUCUGUCGAGACGGUGCGUGGGUUGAGAAUAAAGGUAUGCUAUUAACAUUUCAUUACCGAAAAACACCACCUCAUCUGCGGGAAGAUAUCGAAAAAAGGGCCAGCGAUAUAUUUUUAGAAGCUGGUUUCGUGCCACACAAAGGAAACAUGGCUAUUGAAGCGAAACCCGCUGUUAAAUGGGAUCAAGGCAGGGCAUCUAUUCAUAUAUUGAGGACAACCUAUGGAGUAGAUUGGUCAGAAAGAGUACGAGUUAUCUAUGCGGGUAAUGAAGAAGCUAUGUUGGCAUUGCGAGGUAUCGCCUGUACAUUCAGAGUAGAUUCGUCUCCUAUGGUUCAGACAGCUGCAGAUUUUCGUUUAUCCGGACCGGAUGCUGUUCUCACCAUGUUACGAUGGGUAGAAAAACAAAUGCAUAAACGUUCUCCUCCUUUAUCUAGAUCAGUUUCGUUGACAACCAAUACUCAAAGUGAGCUGAAAAAAACACUCAAUUCUUUACAAAAUUGUAUUCAUUCCCAGAUGAGUUUCGAAGAUAACGAUUCGGAAAAACAGAAGAAGUUACUUCUCAAUAGAAGAUCUAAGAUAGUUAGUUAACCAAGGCUUUUGUUACAAUGUUUUACAAAUUUCAUAGUAUGAAGCUGUACAGUUACUUAUACGUGUAAUUUAUUGGACUGAGACUGCAAAAGAAUAUGAUGAGUUAGAGUUAUUUUUUUUAAUUUAUCAUUUUCACGAUUUAUUUUAUUUUUUUUAAAGAAUGCGUAUUUAUAUGAAUCUGUGAUGUAUCAAAAUGUGAGAUGAAUACCAAUGCUGUAACAUUUUUGCGCUUAUUUUUAUUUUUUUUAUUUUUUAUUCGAGUUGAUUUUUUAAAAAAGUUAGGUACCUAUUUAAAAAUUUUAUAUUUACGAAGCUUUAAUUAGCCUAUAUUAAAUUUGUUUUUAUGUGAUUGCUACAUAAAUUUAUAUUGUAGUACAAUUUGUUUUGAUUUAUUUUAAUUAAGUACCUACCUAAUAUUUAUUAAAUUUUUGAUCGUGUUUUAUUUUAUUUUUUCAAUUUUUAAAAUAAUGCAGUAUGUCUUUACCUUUACCUUUGUCAGAAUUUAUUUUUGUUUGUUUAUGUGUACCUAAUACCCAGUUACAUUUUUUUUUGAGGGGGAGAGUCUGAUUUGUCUCUAUCAUCGAGUGUAAUUACUUGAGCAUAAAUCUAAAUGACUUAGUAACACCCUAAGUACUUUUAGGUAUAAGCUAUUAGAGGUAUUGAUUUUACAUUAUUUAAAUAGACGUGUUUGACAAACGAAA